AUGUUUCGAUUUAUGUUUAAAUCUAGGUUAAAUGCUACAUAUGAAGAAUACAUGAGUCUUUGUGAUGCAAUCAAUACUGGUGUAACCACAUCAGCUAUUGCUCGUGGAGCUAGCAGACUUAUAAGUGGUUACCAGUUGCCGGAUCUUUUAAAUUUGCCAACAACUUCUCUCAGAGUUAGUUCAGUAAUUGGAGCGAAUUCCUGUGAAAUGGUAGUUUCUGCUGCACCAGUUGGUCGUACACCUUGUUUAAAUACUGACCAAUCAGCUUUGGAAGCUGCUGCUUCAGUUGGAACACCAGCACCAGAUCCAUCCACUGCCGCUGGUUAUUACACUGCUGGAGGAUAUGAACCAUUGGCUGCCGCUCUUGGUAAUACAUCUGGGCUUCCACCUCCUGUCCCAACAGGUAUACCCGUUAUGACACCUUCAGUUGCAAUUCUUCCCGGUGUGUCGGAUACAUCGACUUCAGGUGCGGCUGGUUUGACAGCAGAUGCAUAUGCAACUUAUUACUAUACUGCAACAACUGGUGCGUCGUCUGUUCUCGCACCUGUCAUUGUUCCAGCGGCAGUAGAUGUCAAUUUGUCCGCGUCAUCAGGGGUUACCUCAUCGGUAGUAACUUCAGUAACCACAUCUCUGUCAUCAACGAUAUCCGUUGGACAAUAA